CGCGCGCGCCUGACCUCACCAGUCUGAUUCGACAACCAGUCAGGAUGUCAACCUGUAGCGCCGCCAAGAGCCCUGUCCAAUUGCGGUCGCCACAGCUACGCCGUCAAACUACCCUGCAGAGGCACGGCUGUCGCACGAUAACUCGGCCCGUGGCCAUAGACCAUCGCUGUUGAGCUACCGCGGAUUACACGCAUAUCGAUCCUAUAUGCUGAAGCCGCUCGAGCUUCUCCUGCUUCUAGCUGCGCUUCUCCCUAUUUCUCUAGCUUCUCAGAACGACAAGCAUGAGACUGGUAGAUGCAUCAUGCGCGGUCAAUGCGGCAAAGAAUCAUUCUUCAGUCCAGAAUUGCCUUGUCCUGACAACAAUUUGGCAACCAAGCCUGAUCUAGAGCUUCGGGAGGCGCUUGUUGGUAUAUGUGGCGAGCAGUAUGCUACUGGGUCUGUCUGCUGCGAUCAAGCACAAGUGACAGCGCUGCGGGAAAAUCUAAAGAAAGCUGAGAACCUCAUCGCAUCAUGUCCAGCAUGCAAGAACAAUUUCUUUGACUUCUUUUGCGGCUUUACAUGCUCUCCAGACCAGUCCUCGUUCCUGAAAAUCGAGAGUACAAAGGAGAUGCCUGGUGGGUCAAGAGCUGUAACUCAUCUGAGCUACUUCGUUUCCCAAAGAUUCUCUCGCGGUUUCUUCGAAUCCUGCAAGGACGUCAAAUUUUCAGCGACGAAUGGCUAUGUUAUGGACCUCAUAGGAGGUGGCGCAACAGACGGACAAGGAUUCUUGGAGUUUCUAGGACAAAAGUCGAUUGUUGGAUCUCCCAUUCAGAUUGAUUUCCCGGUGGACACGGAUGCAGAGUUGGCGGAGUGGGAUCCACCAUUCCGACACUGCAACAGUUCUGAUAUCCAAUCUAAAUGUGCAUGUGUCGACUGCCCAAGCGUUUGCCAGAGUCUUCCAGAACUGAACCCGCCCGGGAAGACUUGUAACAUUGGAGUGAUGCCAUGUUUGUCUUUCUCAGUGCUAUUCCUCUAUGUCACUAGUCUGAGUGCCUUCUUUGCGGGUUAUGCCUUCUAUCUUCGGUCUAGAAAGUCAUUUGGAAAUACACGUGGCCUGCAGCUCCACAACGAGCAGUAUCUCUCCUCUGACGAAUUGGACGAUCAUUCGACGCUAUCCGAUAGGCAUUUGAACACGUAUGCCCUGAAUAAUUGGCUCGAGGGAAUAUUUUAUCGCAUCGGCAUGACUUGUGCAUCAUUCCCAUACGCCUCGAUUGGACUCAGUGUGGUUAUUGUGCUUUUCUUGAGCAUCGGAUGGACGCGUUUCGCUAUAGAAACGAACCCGAUAAAGUUGUGGGUUUCGCCGACUGCAGACGUGGCCUUGCAGAAAAAUUACUUCGAUUCCACAUUCGGUCCUUUCUAUCGCGCCGAGCAAAUGUUCCUGAGCAAUGCUUCACAUCCAACAUCCAGCGUGCUCACCUUUGAAAGCUUGAAGUUUUGGUUCGAUCUUGAAGAUCAACUCAAGCGCAUGCGCGAUCAACAUGGAACUGGCAUAGAAGACCUGUGUCUGCAGCCUACUGGUCAAGGGUGUGUCAUUCAAUCGCUGACAGGCUAUUGGCAGGGCGAUUUUGAAAAUGUGUCCCCAUCCAAUUGGGCGAAAGAGCUACAGCGUUGUGCCGAUCAGCCGGUACAGUGCUUGCCUGUAUUCCAGCAGCCGCUCAAGCCUCAAAUGAUUCUUGGAGGCUACACUGGUGAUGAUUGGCUCUCAUCGAGCGCACUGGUCUCGACAAUCGUCUUGAAAAACUCGCUCGAGCCAGCUCUCAGGUCUAGGGCCUCAGCAUGGGAGAGGGACCUGCAGCAGGUACUGUAUCGCGCACAAGAAAUCGCGAAUACCAUGGGUCUACGUCUAUCAUUCUCGACGGACGUGUCCUUGGAAGAAGAGCUCAACAAAUCAGCCAACACUGAUGCGCGUAUUGUUAUCAUCUCGUACCUUGCCAUGUUUCUUUAUGUCUCAUUGGCAUUGGGCACGUCUCGUUGGCAAGGCAAGGCAACCCUUGUGCAAACAAAGUUUUCGCUCGGCCUGUCCGGCAUUGCCAUUGUUCUGCUCUCAAUAUCCGCUUCAGUUGGGCUUUUUUCGCUGCUCGGAGUCAAAAUCACACUCAUCAUUGCUGAGGUCAUUCCCUUCCUUGUACUUGCAAUCGGCGUGGACAAUAUAUUUUUGCUCUGUCAUGAGUUCGCGAACAUCAAUGCAAGCGAGCCAUCUCUAUCAAUACCCAUUCGAGUAGCCCUAGCCUCGAGCCGGGUAGGACCUUCAAUUUUGUUGAGCGCUACAAGCGAGACACUGGCUUUUGCCAUUGGCGCUGCUGUUGCAAUGCCAGCUGUCCGAAAUUUUGCCAUCUACGCAGCCGGAGCGGUAUUCUUUGAUGCCUUACUCCAAAUGACAAUGUUUACGGCAGCGUUGGCAUUGGAUCAAGCUCGUGUCGAGUCUGGACGAUUUGAUUGUGUGCCAUGCGUCCAAACUUCUGUGGACGGCAGCGCACUAGACGUCGAGCAGGGCUAUGUCUUUCGGUUUAUUCAGCGGAGACUGACCCCAGGUUUGAUGCAGCCUGUCGCCAAGCGAUUUGUCCUCUUCCUAUUCUUCUCUUGGGCAGCGCUUUCAAUCGCCCUUUUACCAAGUAUUGAAUUCGGCCUUGACCAGAAGAUAGCACUGCCGAAGGAUUCUUAUCUUGUCGACUAUUUCAGGGAUCUUGAAAGCUACUUUGGCGUCGGACCUCCUGUGUACUUUGUGGCCAAGUCUCCCAACAUCACCGAGCGGGCCGCUCAACAAGCUGUUUGCGGCCGUUUCACAACCUGCGAUGAUUUUAGCAUGGCCAAUGUCCUAGAGCAAGAGCGGAAGCGACCUGACGUCUCUUUCUUACUAGAACCCGCUGCCUCUUGGCUAGAUGACUUCUUCUACUGGCUGAAUCCGCAAUUGGAAAUGUGCUGCAGGGUGCGGAUUGAUGAUCCGUCAAGAUUUUGUGGUGCGGAAGAAGGGCCAUCGCGCUGUCGACCGUGCAUGGAAGAUCGAAGCCCGGCAUGGAACAUAACACUGUCGGGCAUGCCGGAGGGAGAGGAAUUCAUGAAGUAUGUUCGUGCGUGGCUGAGUGCUACAAGCACCGAGGACUGUCCUCUUGCGGGAAAAGCGCCAUAUGGUGACGCCUUAGCCCUUCGCGAUGACGGGUAUGGUCUCGAUGCUUUUCACACCAGGACUUUUCACACACCGCUGCGAACUCAGGUCGAUUUGAUCAAUUCGCUCGCUGCAGGCCAACGUGUGGCCAAGGAAAUGAGUCGGCUAACUGGACUGGAUGUUUUUGCUUAUGCUGUGCAUUACAUUUACUUUGCACAGUACAGCAAUAUUGUCAGCCUCACGUUCAAUCUUCUUGGCACUGCUCUUCUUGCAAUUUUCCUGAUUGCUACUCUUGUCCUCGGCUCUUUGACAGCUGCCGCUAUACUAUGUGCAACGGUGGCACUUAUUGUGCUUAACGUCGCCGGUGCAAUGGUUCUCUUCGGAAUCAGUCUCAAUGCAUUGAGUGUGGUCAAUCUUGUGGUUUGCGUCGGCAUCGGCGUCGAGUUCACUUCGCACAUGAUUCGCGCAUACAUGCUUCCAACGACGCAUUUUGCAACUCGUGUCCUGCAGCAGGAAGAGGGAUAUCAGGAGCUUCGCAGUCGCAACGCCCUUGCACAGGUCGGGCCGUCUGUAUUCACGGGCAUCACAAUGUGCAAAUUUUGUGGAGUGGUCGUGCUUGCCUUCACGCAAUCGAAAAUCUUCGAAAUAUAUUACUUCAGAAUGUGGCUUGCCCUCGUCUUCGUUGCGGCAAGCCAUGGACUUAUACUGCUGCCAGUCGUCUUGUCGAUGUUUGGGCCCAGGGGUUACGUCUGCAAGGAGAUCGCUUCUGACCAUGCUGAGUUGCCAGCGGCGUCAGACCCCUUGUGGCAAUGAACAUCUCGGGAGUUUUAUGUAUCGAAGGCUGCUUCGCUGGCAGUUCAGUCAGUCAUAGAGCGCAGACUCAGGCACAAGAAGCUUGUAGCAUAAGCAGCUGAGCCCAUCACACCCAGCUACCAGGGGUCGCUGUUAUUCGCACGUGCGCGAUUGCAAUUGACGACCACACCAAUUGUUUUGUGUCUAGUGCACAUCCACGCUACUUGAUCCGGUCCCAGUCAACCCAGUGAUCUGUUGCUGUCAGUCUCUUAGGAGUCCUAGGUCACACAACCAUUCUAUGGCUCAUGAAGGGCCUUCCAACGGUCGACUAGAAGCUCUUCGGAACAACGUACGGCCUCCCUCAUUG